AUGGCCACCACGCAGCAGCAACAGGGAACCGGCACUGGAAUGAAGAAGCUGGCGGAGAAGCCCACCCUGCUUGGCGAGAAGCAGCAGGACAAGCUCAAGAUCCACGGGAGGACCCUUCUUGAGUUCGAGGUUGGACCGGCCACCGACAAGACCAACCUGGACGAACUGGACAGGUGGCUGCGCGGCAUCAAGACCUCGGGCAUUGACGAGUGGACUCUGUGUACGACCUUGCAUCUGGCAAACCCCCCCCCCUCUCUCGCCCGUCGCCACCCACCUAACUAG